AUGCCUCUCCUCUUCGUCAACAAAGAUGCAAACAAUUUGGAAAGAACCUCUGCAGAAGCAUUUGCUAUUGGCUCCCACAUAUCGAAGACACACCGCAAGUGGUUGAAAACCCAGCGACUCAAACAACUGGAAUUUCCCGAUAGAUUGAAGGAAGAUUAUUCAUACCCCAGGACUCCCGUCCAUGGACACAGUGGCGCUUCGCCAUCUCAAAGCUCUGGGCCUGAACUUGGUCUUAACACCUAUGGAAGAGACAAUUAUGACGCAGAUCUUGCGCACGCAUCGCAAAAUAGAACAGAGCAUGAAGGAGAAGGAGGCUCCGAAGAAUAUGGAGGACUAACAAAUACACCCGCGACGGAUCCUUCCUCGGCUAAGACCUCUGCGCAACCGAAAGAUCAGACCUGUAAGGCGUCGCCACUUCUUCGACCAAAAUUCCCUGUUGAGCCUUUUUCUGCUUCAGUCGUUCCCAUGACAGCCACAGUCCGAGAACUGCUUGCAUUAGCACGAGUCUUCCAUGUCUUUCCCGCUUGGCCGGCCAAAAUGAGCAAAAUCCUUCGCGAUCAACUAACACAAAGCUUUCAGGAUCAUCUUGCCGUUGCAAUUGCAGAUGAAGGCGAAAUGAACGCCUUGCUGGCGGCAGGUUAUUACGCCAAAUCUCUCAUCUGUCCCGCAGACCGAGCCAUCUGUUUCGACAGAGCCUUGGAGCACAAGACGAAGGUUUUGACCAUUUUGCGCCAACGGAUACAGCGAGCCGACCAUGAUCAGGGCAAAGUUUUCAUGCUUAUCCGGCUCCUUGUAGCGUUGGAUUUCUUUUCCAAGGACUACGAGGCCGCUCGACUCCACCAAGGCGCCAUGAGAAAGAUUAUCUCCCGCGAACUGCCAUCGUUGAAAGCUCGCCAGGAAAUGCUUUCUAUCGGCGAUGUAUGGCUUGCUGCUGCGUUGCUGCGGCAUACCGAGUUUCAUGUUGGCAAUUGGGAUCCUGGGGCGCGGAAGCUCCAAACUUUUGACGAGGUGCUUCGAGCCGCAGACACAAACUCUACUGGACAAGAAGGUUCCACGAGAGAGGUAAAUGAAGCAAUGACGCAAAACGACUCAACCGCGCCACAAGCCGUACCUAACAAGUUCCUUCAACACGUGCUGGACGACAUCCGCGAACUCGUGGCCACAAAGUCCUUGCUCGCGAACAGUCUGCAGGAGGAAAACGUCCUCCGGUAUGAAGUCGUCUUGUGGCUACACAGGCGCGGGACUGCUCUGAUUGGACGACUCAUCAAUUUCUACAUGGACACUGCGCUCUCCACAUGCCAGUCAUCCUUGCCUACCGCCAGCAAAGACCCGGAUACUCUGCUAAAUGUGACGGUCGCCUUGGGGAUGGUUCUGUUCUUGGGAGCCGUGUUCGGUGAUGUUCCGUGCCCACAAAUACCCCUGGACCGCGUGGCUGCCGUCUUUGGCGAGAAGGUCAAGAAACUCUGGGGACGCAUGCUACGCCAGGAGGCACAAGUUGACCCAGACCUAUUUCAGUGGUUGCUUCUUGUGCGCAGUUUUCACGGGCACAGAAUGAGAUGCGUCAACGACGUUACCGGCAAAGUUGCAAGCGAGGAAGGAAAUGAACAGACAACGCUGAACUGGGUGGCCUCCACGCUUGAGUUUUGGUGCCUCAUGACGGACUCGAAUGCACCAGCCACAGACAUCUCGGAUAGUGGUACGCCUCAGAGAGAGGGUGUGGACGAUGAUCCCGCUGCAGGUUUGAAGAGGAGGCUGAAAAGAUUCCUGUAUCUUGACGCCGAGAUGGAUGAAUACCUGCAGAUGUUGCUGGAUUGCCUUGGACAACCUGGAAACAGCAUGUAUCUGGAAGCCCUUUGCGACGAACAACAGGCGAACACGGUGAUAAGUCAGGGUCGGGGUGAAGGGGCUGAGCCCGGUGAGAAUGAGGAUUUUCUAAUCAAAUGA